AUGUCGUAUAACGAUAAUAGUCAUUAUUAUGAUCAGAACCCGCAAGCUGGUGGUGUACCACCAGCUGAAGGUUACUAUCAACAACCUUAUGAGGAUCCAAAUCAACCUCAACAAGAAUAUUAUAAUCCAAAUGCUCAAUAUUAUCAACAACCUUAUGAUAUGGAUGGUUAUCAAGAUGCUCAAUAUCAAGAUCCAAAUCAACCUAUGCAUGGAGGUCAACCAGUUGGAGGAGCUGUAGGUUAUAAUGAUCAAUUUUCUGAAUUUAGUCAAACUCCUGGAACUCCUGGUUAUGAUCAAUAUGGAACUCAAUAUACUCCAUCUCAAAUUAGUUAUGGAGGUGAUCCAAGAUCUUCUGGUGCUUCAACUCCAAUUUAUGGAGGUCAAGGUCAAGGUUAUGAAUCAGCUCAAUUUCAAAUGGCUUCAAAUUUACCUUAUCCUGCUUGGUCAGCUGAUCCUCAAGCCCCAGUUAAAGUUGAACAUAUUGAAGAUAUAUUUAUUGAUUUAACUAAUAAAUUUGGAUUUCAAAGAGAUUCAAUGAGAAAUAUGUUUGAUUAUUUUAUGACUCUUUUAGAUUCAAGAUCUUCUCGUAUGACUCCUGCUCAUGCUUUAUUAAGUUUACAUGCUGAUUAUAUUGGAGGUGAAAAUGCUAAUUAUAAAAAAUGGUUUUUUGCUUCUCAACAAGAUUUAGAUGAUUCUAUUGGAUUUGCUAAUAUGAGAUUAGGUAAAUUAGGUAGAAAAGCUAGAAAGGCUUCAAAAAAAUCUAAAAAGGUUAAAAAGGCUGUAGCUGAAUUAGGUGAUGAUAUUGAUCCUGAAGCAUUAGCUAAUGAAUUAGAAGGUGAUUUUUCAUUAGAAGCUGCUGAAAUUAGAUGGAAAGCAAAAAUGAAUGCUUUAUCACCAGAAGAAAGAGUUCGUGAUAUUGCUCUUUAUUUAUUAUUAUGGGGUGAAGCUAAUCAAGUUCGUUUUACUCCAGAAACUUUAUGUUAUAUUUAUAAAACUGCCUUUGAUUAUUUACAAUCUCCUGCUUGUCAACAAAGAACUGAAGCUGUACCAGAAGGAGAUUAUUUAAAUCGUGUUAUAACUCCAUUAUAUAGAUUUCUUAGAUCUCAAGUUUAUGAAAUUUAUGAAGGUAAAUUUGUUAAACGUGAAAAGGAUCAUAAUAAAAUCAUUGGUUAUGAUGAUGUCAAUCAAUUAUUUUGGUAUCCUGAAGGGAUUUCAAGAAUUAUUUUUAAUGAUGGUUCAAGAUUGGUUGAUGUACCAAAGGAAGAACGUUAUUUAAGAUUAGGAGAAGUUGAAUGGGGUAACGUUUUCUUUAAAACUUAUAAAGAAAUUAGAACUUGGUUACAUUUUGUAACAAACUUUAAUAGAAUUUGGAUUAUUCAUGGUACAAUUUAUUGGAUGUAUACUGCUUAUAAUUCUCCAACCUUAUAUACUUUACAUUAUGAACAAGUGUUAAAUCAACAACCAACUGCAUCUUCAAGAUGGGCCGCUGCCAGUAUUGGAGGUGUUUUAGCUUCUUUAAUUCAAAUCUUUGCUACACUUUUUGAAUGGAUGUUUGUUCCAAGAGAAUGGGCUGGUGCUCAACAUUUAACUCGUCGUUUAGUAUUUUUAAUAUUAAUUCUUUUACUUAAUGUUGUACCUCCAGUUUAUACAUUUUAUUGGGCAGGUUUAGCAUCGAUUUCAAAAUCAGCUCAUAUUGUUUCAAUUGUUGGAUUCUUUAUUGCUAUGGGUACCCUUUUCUUUUUUGCUCUUAUGCCAUUAGGAGGUUUAUUUACUUCUUAUAUGAAUAAAAGAUCAAGAAGAUAUUUAGCUUCUCAAGCUUUUACUGCUAAUUUUAUUAAAUUAAAGGGUUUAGAUAUGUGGAUGUCUUAUCUUUUAUGGGUACUUGUUUUCCUUGCCAAAUUAACUGAAUCUUAUUUCUUUUUAACUUUAUCAUUAAGAGAUCCAAUUAGAAUUUUAUCAACCACAACAAUGAGAUGUGUUGGUGAAGUAUGGUAUGGAGUUCGAUUAUGUCAACAUCAAGCUAAAAUUGUUUUGGGAUUAAUGUAUCUUGUUGAUUUAUUAUUAUUCUUUUUGGAUACUUAUAUGUGGUAUAUUAUUUGUAAUUGUAUUUUCUCCAUUGGUAGAUCAUUUUAUUUGGGGAUUUCAAUCUUAACUCCAUGGAGAAAUAUCUUUACAAGAUUACCCAAGAGAAUUUAUUCUAAGAUUUUAGCUACCACUGAAAUGGAAGUUAAAUAUAAACCAAAAGUUUUAAUUUCUCAAAUUUGGAAUGCUAUUGUUAUUUCAAUGUAUAGAGAACAUUUAUUAGCCAUUGAUCAUGUUCAAAAAUUAUUAUAUCAUCAAGUUCCAUCUGAAAUUGAAGGUAAACGUACUUUAAGAGCUCCAACAUUCUUUGUUAGUCAAGAUGAUAAUAAUUUUGAAACUGAAUUCUUUCCAACUAAUUCUGAAGCUGAAAGAAGAAUUUCUUUCUUUGCUCAAUCUUUAGCUACUCCAAUUCCUGAACCAUUACCUGUUGAUAAUAUGCCAACAUUUACUGUUUUUACUCCUCAUUAUUCCGAAAAGAUUUUAUUAUCAUUAAAGGAAAUUAUUAGAGAAGAUGAUGAACAUUCUAAAGUUACUUUAUUAGAAUAUUUAAAACAAUUACAUCCUGUUGAAUGGGAUUGUUUUGUUAAAGAUACUAAGAUUUUAGCUGAAGAAACUGCUGCCUAUGAAAAUGGUGGUGAUGCUGAAAAAUUAUCUGAAGAUGGAUUAAAAUCUAAGAUUGAUGAUUUACCAUUUUAUUGUGUGGGUUUUAAAUCUUCGGCUCCUGAAUAUACUUUAAGAACAAGAAUUUGGGCUUCUUUAAGAUCACAAACUUUAUAUCGUACUGUUUCUGGAUUUAUGAAUUAUGCUAGAGCCAUUAAAUUAUUAUAUAGAGUGGAAAAUCCUGAAUUAGUUCAAUAUUUUGGUGGAGAUCCAGAAGGAUUAGAAUUAGCUUUAGAAAAAAUGGCUAGAAGAAAGUUUAGAUUUUUAGUUUCUAUGCAAAGAAAGACUAAAUUUAAGGAAGAUGAAAAGGAAAAUGCUGAAUUUUUAUUACGUGCUUAUCCUGAUUUACAAAUUGCUUAUUUAGAUGAAGAACCAGCAUUAAAUGAAGGAGAAGAUGCCAGAAUUUAUUCUGCUGUAGUUGAUGGUCAUUGUGAAAUGUUAGAAAAUGGUGAACGUAAACCUAAAUUUAGAAUCCAAUUAUCUGGUAAUCCAAUUUUAGGUGAUGGUAAAUCUGAUAAUCAAAAUCAUGCGGUGAUUUUCCAUAGAGGGGAAUAUAUUCAAUUAAUUGAUGCUAAUCAAGAUAAUUAUUUAGAAGAAUGUUUAAAGAUUAGAUCAGUUUUGGCUGAAUUUGAAGAAUUAAAUCUUGAUUUUGUUAAUCCAUAUGAACCAGAUUUAAAGAAUAAUAAUAAUAAAGAAAAGAGAGAUCCUGUAGCCUUUUUAGGAGCCAGAGAAUAUAUUUUCUCGGAAAAUUCUGGGGUUUUAGGUGAUGUUGCUGCUGGUAAAGAACAAACUUUUGGUACAUUAUUUGCUAGAACUUUAGCCCAAAUUGGAGGUAAAUUACAUUAUGGACAUCCUGAUUUUUUAAAUGCAACAUUUAUGUUAACUAGAGGUGGAGUUUCUAAAGCUCAAAAGGGUUUACAUUUAAAUGAAGAUAUUUAUGCUGGUAUGACUGCUAUGUUAAGAGGUGGUAAAAUUAAGCAUUGUGAAUAUUAUCAAUGUGGUAAAGGUAGAGAUAUGGGUUUUGGAUCAAUUUUAAAUUUCACCACUAAAAUUGGUGCUGGUAUGGGUGAACAAAUGUUAUCUCGUGAAUAUUAUUAUUUAUCAACUCAAUUACCUUUAGAUCGUUUCUUAUCAUUUUAUUAUGGUCAUCCUGGUUUCCAUAUUAAUAAUUUAUUCAUUCAAUUAUCUUUACAAGUUUUCAUUUUAGUCUUGGCUAAUUUAACUUCUUUAGCUCAUGAAUCAAUUAUUUGUGCUUAUAAUAGAAAUUCUCCAAUUACUGAUGUUUUAUUCCCAUUUGGUUGUUAUAAUUUAGAUCCAGCUGUUGAUUGGGUUAGACGUUAUACUUUAUCCAUUUUUAUUGUGUUUUUUAUUUCAUUUAUUCCUUUAGUCGUUCAAGAAUUAAUUGAAAGAGGUGUUUGGAAAGCUUUCCAAAGAUUUGUUCGUCAUUUUAUUUCAUUAUCUCCAAUGUUUGAAGUGUUUGUAGCUCAAAUUUAUUCUUCAUCAAUUUAUACUGAUAUGACUGUUGGUGGUGCAAGAUAUAUUUCAACUGGUAGAGGAUUUGCAACUUCAAGAAUACCAUUUUCAAUUUUAUAUUCAAGAUUUGCUGAUUCUUCUAUUUAUAUGGGAGCCAGAUUAAUGUUAAUUUUAUUAUUUGGAUCAGUAGCUAAAUGGCAAGCUCCAUUAUUAUGGUUUUGGGCUUCAUUAUCUUCAUUAAUGUUUUCACCAUUUGUAUUUAAUCCUCAUCAAUUUGCUUGGGAUGAUUUCUUUGUUGAUUAUAGAGAUUUCAUUAUUUGGUUAUUUAGAGGUAAUACUAAAUGGUAUAGAAAUUCUUGGAUUGGUUAUAUUAGAUUAUCAAGAUCUCGUAUUACUGGUUUUAAGAGAAAAUUAAUUGGUAAUAAUGAAGCAGAACAAAAUGCUGGUGAUGCUUCAAGGGCUCAUCGUUCAAAUGUUUUCUUUGCUGAUUUUAUUCCUUGUCUUAUUUAUACUGCUGGUCUUUUUGUUGCCUUUACAUUUAUUAAUGCCCAAACUGGGGUUACAACUUAUCCAUAUGAAAUUAAUGGUUCAACUACUCCAAUUCAAGUUAAUUCUACUUUAAGAGUGGUUGUUUGUGCUUUAGCUCCAGUAGUUAUUAAUAUGGGUAUUUUAGCUGGUUGUUUUGGUUUAGGUUGUUGUGCUGGUCCAAUGUUAGGAUUAUGUUGUAAAAAGACUGGUUCAGUUCUUGCUGGGGUUGCUCAUUCACUUUCUGUUAUAAUUAAUCUUGUAUUCUUUAUUGUUAUUUGGGUUCUUGAAGGUUUUGUAUUUGCUAGAAUGUUAUUAGGUCUUGCAACAAUGAUUUAUAUUCAAAGAUUAUUAUUUAAAUUUUUAACAUUAGCUUUCUUAACUAGAGAAUUUAAGAAUGAUAGAGCUAAUUCAGCUUUCUGGAAUGGUAAAUGGUAUGGAACUGGUAUGGGAUAUAUGGCUCUUACUCAACCAGCUCGUGAAUUUUGUGCCAAAAUUAUUGAAAUGUCACAUUUUGCUGGUGAUUUUGUAUUAGCUCAUAUUAUUUUAUUCUGUCAAUUACCAAUCUUGUGUAUUCCAUUAGUUGAUAGAUGGCAUACAACCAUGUUAUUUUGGUUAAAACCUUCAAGAUUAAUUAGACAACCAAUCUUUACUGUUAAAAAGACUAAAUUAAGAAAGAGAAUUGUUAGAAGAUAUUGUACUUUAUACUUUUUCUUUUUAGUUAUAUUUGUUGUUCUUAUUGCUGCCCCAGCAGUUGCUUCAUCUCAUAUUUCUGUAACUUUAGGUUCAUCAUUGUCUGGUAUUCUUUCUGGAGUUUUCCAACCAAGACAUGUUAACAAUAAUGAUACUGGACCAAAUAGGCCAUCUCAUUAUACUUGGUCUUAUGAAUCUACCCGUGGAGGUAGUACUAAGGCUUAUACCACCAAAUCAUUUUAG